AUGGAGAUAAUGGUAUUUGACAAGGAAAGGCUCCUUUCUGAAUUAAAAUUGGAUAAAAAAGCAAGAGAAACCAUACAAGAAGAUAACAGGAAGUUGGACAUAGAGAUUCGAAAGCUUGAAAAAGAAUUAAAUCGCCUUCAGAAAGAAGAUUUAUUAACCAAGGCUCCCCCUGUUGAUAAUCCGACGUACAAGAAGUAUUUGGAACAAAUAAAAUUCAAGGAGAGUCAGAGAAGGCAGCUUGCAGUUGACCGAGAGAGAUUGCGUAUAAUGAUUGAGGCAAGGACUGAUAUUACGGAAUUGAAUGUGGAACUUUUAACUCAGGCGGAGCUAAUAAGGAUUGUAAAACAGCUGGAAAGAAGGAAGGUUGAUACUGCGAGUAAAUUACAGCAAGCAGAAAACAGCCUCGACACUACGGCCAAGGAAGUGAUAAAGUUGAAAGAUGCUCUCAAAAUGUACCAAACCGAAAUAGAACUAAGGGAUAGAAAGAGAGGAGUGUCUAGACUGCAUUCACAAAAAUUUUAAUAUGACUCAAUUAAUAUCAUCAAAAACAGAGCAGCAGUAAUAUAAAUAAAUUUGAUAUUGGCAUUACACAGAAUUCUUUAACCCAGACAUUAAAAAACCCAUGCUCUGCAAUAGCUUCAUAUUAAAAUAAACUAUAGCAAAAAAAAAUUUUUUACUUAACUUAAGAUUUUUAUCUUGAGCUGAGAUUGAGAAAUGAUACUUGCAUUACAAGUAAAAAAAAAAAAAAUACUGAUGGAAUCAACUCAAAAUAUUUGUUGAAUAGUAUAAAUAUUUAAAUACAUAGUUAAACUACACCAGAUUCAUAUAUUAAGCAAAUAUGUAAAUGAUUAAGGAAAUAAGAACAAGAUCAAGUUCCUCAGCUAGGGACUCUUGAGGCGUUAGGGGAUAUUGAAGAUAAACCUUCGUUCUAAAAUAAUUAAAAAGGAUGAUGCAGUGUUAAAAAUACUAGAAUUUCAUUUAACGGCUACACUGUAAGCAAAUAUGAUUUAAACAAUUCGAACUAGCACGGAUGUUGAGUACACAUAAAGAAUACAAAUGUUGAGCACACAUAAUAUAUAAGUUGAUUAGCAGACAAGCUAUAUACCCUAUUUUUAGUUAACACAUUGGUAUAACUAUAUAAAAUCUCUUGAGACUAAUGGUAAUAUUGAUAUAUAGAGAAUAACAUACACAAUAUCAAAAUAAUUUCAAAGGAAUGUUGAGUUAGCACAAUAGUCAAAAUAAAAUGUAAUGAAAUUUAUUAGAGAUAAUAUUUCCUAAAAUUAACAUAGCUUCGGCGAUGUUUAAACAAACAAAAUAAAUACCAUUCGCAAGAAAUAAAAUAUUUUGAAUAAAUAAUUUAAUAUAUAAUACAGUUUGUUUAAUUUAUGUUUUCAAUCCACGACUCUUCCUUUUUAUUCGGGCGUAUGGUCCUAUAUCUGGAUCCAUGAUGAAAUCAUAAAGGACAGAAACCCAAGAAUUAUGCUGGGGCAAAUUGUCAUAAUACUCACUAGCUAUCCUCUUGACCUGGAAAAUAUAAAAUAAAUUAAAUAAAGCAAAACUCUACUGCACUUUUGUUCUGCUAUGAAUAUAAAUAAAAUAAAGUGUCAUUUCAUAAAUAUUAUUGGAGACCUAACUCCUGAAAUAGGAUUUUUUUAAAUUUAUUAAACCACAACACUUACCGAAUCUUUUUAUACAUGUCUCAUAUAUUUAUGACAAUAAGGAACCAAGUUGUGCUAGCAAAUACAGAAGAACCAAUAGUUUGUCAUAAAUACACAAUUAAUUUUAUAUGUUUAUGAACAAAACUCAGAGACUAAAGUUUUAUACAACUAUAUAUUUUUGAAUUUUUUAAUACAAUAUUAUAAAUAAAAAAUAAUAAGCUUUUGGGGCUCCCAUUGGGCCAUCGGGAUUCUUGAUAUAUUUUAAGUAUUUUUUUCUUCUAAAAAAAACAAAAAAAAACAACAGAAACAUUAUUUCUUGAAGAAAGUCAGUUCUUUGAAAAUAAAAUUAGCUUUUAUUAUCCUGUGCUUAUACAAUUUUUUUAAUGAUUGCAGACAGAAACAAUGUGACUAUUCAAGGCAUCAAAAACAAUAGGAAUUUUUACUUUUAUGAUCAUAUUUACCUCGAUAAAAUAAUUUUACAAUUUUUUUUAUUAUUUCGGUUUGGCUUUCCUCCAUUUCUGUAAAAUGUCUCUAUUUCCUUUUAAUAUUGACUAAAUAUAAUAGAUAAACAAUUUUUUGGAUCUUCUGUAAAACUAUUAUUUUUAUUUAUUUUUUAAUACAAAUAUUCCUUUUUCUUAAAAACCAUUAAAGCUAUUGACUUGAAAAUUUUUAUGUUCAUCAAUUACAGUUCAGUAGCAUUAAGCAGCAGGUUUUUUUUUAUUAGGAUUUUAAGUUAAAACGAAAGAAAACAUUUUUGAAUUCUAAAAUUUAUACUUUUUUUUUCAAAUAUCAUUAAAAGUAAGGUGGAAAAUUUUAAAUCUGUAACUAUCUUAGUUUCUGAGAAAAAGAAACAUGAAUGCCAAUAACAUGAUAUUUUCAAACAUAAAAUUGUAGGUAUUUUAUCAACUAUUUUCCAAACGAUUUAUUUGAUACAUUUGUUAUAAAGAUUCAAACAAUUUAAAAAUAUAUAUCAAAGAGCAAAGAAGCAAAUGAGAAAAAACUAACUAAGUUAUCUACUUUUAUUAAGUCCAGCUUAGUGCGUUUCUUAAAAAGUUUCUUUGAACCUUUUUUUUUUUUUUUUUCAUAAUGUUUUCAAAGUGUUGUCUAUUUAAAUCCAUCCUUUGAUUUCUCUUUUGAGAUGAACUCAUAGAUUCAACAUUCCCAAAAUGGCUGAAAUAAGUUGGAAAACCAUCAUUCAAGACUUUUAAAAUUUAUAAGGUCAUCAAACCCAAUAAGAACAAUGACAAUGUUUUCAUAUUUACCUCAAUCAAGUUGGGUAAAUAAAAUAAACAGUUCGUACUAAUUUGAACUUAAGAGAGUAAUCAUUUUGAUCACAUGAACCUACCUCAUCGUUCAAUUAUAAUAAAACUUCUCGCACUCAUUACUCUAAUCCUAUCAAUACUAAAAUCAAUAAAUUUCCAUCAUUGUAACGUGAAUCAUUACUACAAUAAUGAUUCUGAUUUUCCUAUGAAUUAUUUUCAUGGUCCAAUAUUACUACUGUUAUUCUAAUCUUAUCAGUUCUCAAAAUAUCAAAGUUACAUUUGUAAAACAACAUAAAUCACGACCUUGAGAGAUAGCAAGGUUAUACAUCAUUACCUCGGGUAGCCUUGAACCAGGAACUGCAGGGAAGUCAUGAUGUUCGUUGUGAUAGCCUACGUUGAAUGUUAUCCAAUUGAGGCAACCAUAGUAUGAAUAUGUUUCGAAUCCUUUGCGGAACAUAUAGUGCUCUGAUAUAAAAUGGCCAGCUACAGGAUGGAACCCCAUAGCCAUCAUAGAGCCACCCAACAUGUAGAAAAGAAUUUUACCUCCUGGAACACAAUAGUAAUAAAUAAAAGCAUUGAAACUAAGUUGAAUCGUUGUAUUUAUAACUUCAAGUAAUGUAGGUGACUUCGGGUAGGUGACUACUGGCCGGAAAGCAUAGAAUAAUGGCUGAAAUAGAAGCCAAACAAACUUCCCAAAUGUUGUGCAGAAUAAUUUAGCUUCAAAAUAUGUCGGAAUGUCUGUGUCGAGUUUUUCAUCACCUUGAUA